GUGAGGAGGUGGAGGAGGAGGAGGAGGAGGCGGCGGCGAGAAGAUGGCGACUUCGAACAAUCCGCGGAAAUUUAGCGAGAAGAUCGCGCUGCACAACCAGAAGCAGGCAGAGGAGACAGCGGCCUUCGAGGAGGUCAUGAAGGACCUGAGCCUGACGCGGGCCGCGCGGCUCCAGCUCCAGAAGUCUCAGUACCUGCAGCUGGGCCCAAGCCGUGGCCAGUACUACGGCGGGUCCCUGCCCAACGUGAACCAGAUUGGGAGUGGCACCGUGGAUCUACCCUUCCAGCCCAGCGGAUAUCUGGGGGAGGCCCUGGCAGCGGCUCCUGUCUCUCUGACACCCUUCCAGUCCUCGGGCCUGGACACCAGCCGAACCACCCGGCACCACGGGCUGGUGGACAGAGUAUACCGAGAGCGAGGCCGGCUGGGCUCCCCACAUCGCCGGCCCUUGUCAGUGGACAAACACGGACGGCAGGCGGACAGCUGCCCGUACGGCACCGUGUACCUCUCGCCGCCCGCGGACACCAGCUGGAGAAGGACCAAUUCUGACUCUGCCCUGCACCAGAGCACAAUGACGCCCACCCAACCAGAGCCCUUUACAGGCGGGUCCCAGGACGCACACCAGAAAAGAGUCUUACUAUUAACAGUUCCGGGAAUGGAGGAAACCACAUCGGAGACGGAUAAGAAUCUUUCUAAGCAAGCAUGGGACACCAAGAAGACGGGGUCCAGGCCCAAGUCCUGCGAGGUCCCCGGGAUCAACAUCUUUCCAUCCGCUGACCAGGAAAACACUACAGCCCUGAUCCCUGCCACCCACAACACGGGGGGCUCCCUGCCCGACCUGACCAACAUACACUUCCCCUCCCCCCUCCCGACCCCCCUGGACCCUGAGGAGCCCACCUUCCCCGCGCUCAGCAGCUCCAGCAGCACCGGCAACCUCGCAGCCAACCUGACUCAUCUGGGCAUCGGCGGCGCCAGCCAGGGGAUGAGCACGCCAGGCUCCUCACCACAGCACCGCCCAGCUGGCGUCAGCCCGUUGUCCCUGAGCACGGAGGCGAGGAGGCAGCAGGCCCAGCAGGUGUCACCCACCCUCUCCCAGCUGUCACCCAUCACUCAGGCUGUGGCCAUGGAUGCCCUGUCUCUGGAGCAGCAGCUGCCCUACGCCUUCUUCACCCAGGCGGGCUCCCAGCAGCCACCGCCGCCGCAGCCCCAGCCCCCUCCACCGCCGCCACCCGCGUCCCAGCAGCAGCCGCCCCCGCCACCCCCGCAGGUGCCCGUCGGCCUCCCCCCAGGCGGCCCCCUGAUGCCAAGUGCCAGCUUGACGCGGGGGCCCCAGCUGCCCCCGCUCGCGGUCACAGUACCAUCCUCUCUCCCCCAGUCCCCCCCAGAGAACCCAGGCCAGCCGCCAAUGGGGAUCGACAUUACCUCGGCGCCGGCUCUGCAGCAGUACCGCGCUAGCGCCGGCUCCCCGGCUAACCAGUCUCCCACCUCACCUGUCUCCAAUCAAGGCUUCUCCCCCGGGAGCUCCCCGCAACACUCCUCCACCUUGGGCGGCGUGUUUGGGGACUCGUACUAUGAGCAGCAGAUGGCGGCCAGGCAGGCCAAUGCUCUGUCCCACCAGCUGGAGCAGUUCAACAUGAUGGAGAAUGCCAUCAGCUCCAGCAGCCUGUACAGCCCAGGCUCGACGCUCAACUACUCGCAGGCGGCCAUGAUGGGCCUCACGGGCAGCCACGGCAGCCUGCCGGACACACAGCAGCUUGGCUACCCCAGCCACAGCAGCAUCCCCAACAUCAUCCUCACAGUGACGGGAGAGUCCCCUCCCAGCCUGUCUAAAGAACUGACCAGCACACUGGCCGGGGUCGGUGAUGUCAGCUUCGACUCCGACAACCAGUUCCCCCUGGACGAACUCAAGAUUGACCCCUUGACCCUGGACGGACUGCACAUGCUCAACGACCCCGACAUGGUCCUGGCUGACCCGGCCACCGAGGACACCUUCCGGAUGGACCGUCUGUGAGCUGCACACCUGGCACAUCGCCGCCCAGCCCCCGGCUCCAUCCCCCCGCCGGUCAGUGGUCCCGACGGCGUCUCCCUGAGCCCAGGGACGGCCGCGCUCCGUCCUUCGCAAACGGCCGAGCUUGUGAUUCUGAGCUUGCAAUGCCGCCAAGCGCCCCCUGCCCAUCCACCCCCCCACCCCCGCUGUCCACCUCCCUCGGGAGGCCGCGUGUCACCCCCGCGGACCCUCCCUGCGCGUGCUCUCUCGCCCCCCACCCUGGGCCAUGAGCCGUCCCCCUGUAAGAUGCGGAAAGCAUGUUGGGCAGGGCCGCCGGCCUGGAGGGGGCGCUGUGGUCCACGGCAGUGGUGGGCUGAGGUGCAUUUUCCGACUGUUGUCCAGCUCUCACUGCCUUCCUUCUCUCCUGGUACCCCCCCACCCGCCAACCCGCCAACCCCAGCCCAAGGUUAGGUAGCGAGCCAGCCCCACCCUGCCAAAGGGAGAAGGUGCCAGAGAGGGGCAGACACAAAGUGAAAUAAACACUAUUUUGACUGCUGUCUUUUAUAUUUCUGAGCACAUUCAGAGAAUGCUAGAUUCCGUCCCAUGGAGGUAGAAUAUAAAAGGUGUGAACAGAGCAUGCAAAGCAGCUAAAUCUUCCCGGGACCCACGCUCCCGCUUUGCCCUCCCCCAGCCAGGUCCCUCUGUGGCCGCCUAUGCCCUGAAAGUGAAGCCCCUGGCCAGGAUGAAGGGGCCUGCCAGGGGGAUGCAUGUGGAGACGGGGCUUAUUUCUGGGGCUUGUUUUCAUCUCUCGACUUGUUUUCAUCUUCUCUUCUCUGUACCGUGGUCACUGUUGCUGUUAUUUAAAGAAUGGGGUGGGGAGGGGGCAGCCAGGGCAUUUUUUGUUGUGUUUUUGUUUGUUUGUUUCUUUUGGUUUGUAUUUACACUUUGGUUGUAGACGAGUAGCUGACUCUUUCAAUCCAAUACUUGCCUGAGAGCAUGUUUUUAUUCCAGAAAUCCCAUGUUAUAUAUUUUUUAAGCUAACUGGAAGCGGUCUACUGCCUGCCGGGUCUGAGCGGAGUGUCCGGCCGUUCGCGCUAAGGCCCGCGUUAUCUCAGAAUGGAAGGGCUGAGUGAGGGCGGGUUGGGCCUGGUAGGGUCUCUGGCAGAAGGUCAAGGUGGCCAGGGGUGCCUCCCCUCCAGCCACGUGACAGACUUCCAGGAAGGAGCCACGGCUUUUAUUAAGGGUCUUUCGAAGACCCACCUCUGCUUGGUCAUCCUCAAGGUGCCUGCCGGUCCUCAGGGAGGACUAGUCCCAGACCCCGAGGCUGGCGGCCGCCGCAGCCCCUCUGCCCCAAGAACCGGCUGACAUUCGUUCCCUCCAGCCACCCCUCUCACGGCUCCUCCUGGUGGGACUGGACUCAGAGGCAAAGAGCAGUGUGCGCUGUAGCGGCAGCUUUCCAGGUGCUUCUCGAAGUGCCUGCAGAGGCUGAGGUGACCAUCAGGGCUCGCCCACUGUGCUGGGGGCUGUCCCUGUGCCCACCAGGCCCUGGCAGGCGGUGACAGGGGUGUCUCUGCUUUCUGUCAGCUGCUCUGAGGUAGGAACUUCUGUUUCAGUCCCUCCUAAGCUGCAUCUUGAGCUCUCGCUGGCUCUGCGGCCUGCAGGCUGGGCCGGCACCUUCCGCUCGCUGCGUUUCUCUGUGGUUUCCCAGCAACUGCCUCUAGGUCUCGAGAGCCCUUAGCUCCGUCCAUGUGGGAGCCGGAUUUCAUCCGAACGACAUCCCUCCCUCUUGUUCCCUGGGCCGGGCCGUUCACACCUGGCCAAGCGACUGGGCGGCCACAGGCGUGAGAAGGCCCCCUCCUCAGUCAGUUGGCCCCUGCUGCCCUUGUCUGGGCGGGGGGACACGGGGUCAGUCCGUCCAGGUCGAGGGCCCAGCCUCUCACUGAGGCAGGGGCUGGGAGCAAAGAGUGAGACUUUUUUUUUUUUUAAAGAAAAACUACAUGUACAUAGAAGAGUUUGAUUACCAUUAGACUUGUGUGUAGAACUUUUUAAAAAAUGGCCUUAAUAAAAUUACAAGCAACCUUCCUGGAUGCAAUUUUCAAACAAGGCAUUGGGGAUCCCUGUGAGGGAGCCCCGUCAGCCCAUACUUCCCAUCUGCUCGGCGCCCGGUUCUCAGUGCAGAUGGGCAGGAAAGGGAAGGCGUCCACCCCUGCAGCCUGUGUCCAGCAUCCCCUUGGCUGGGGGGCACAGGUGACAUUGUAUUUGCGUGGCCACUUUGGCCCAGGAGGGGCAUAGGUGCGGUUUUCCCAGGGAGGGGGUCCCAGCCAGGAGCCAGUGGCCAGGUGUCCCUGUGUCCUCAAAGGGUUCACACCCCUCCCUGGGCCUGGGCAGGCCUCCUGAGGUCUGCAACAGGGGGUUUUGCUUAUUUCUUAAAUAUUGCUUCUCUACUAAGUAUUCUUGAAUUGCCAAGAUUUCCUGAAACAGGACAGCCUAAGGGAACCAGCCCUUUGACUUGUGAUGUGAAAAUACUGUGAUUUCAGGCGAGCUGCGCCAUGAGGGGUGGGCCGGGGCCCCCGAAUAUUGUACAUAGACCCGCCGCCUGUGUCCUUGCUUGCUCGCUCGCUCGCUUGGGACAGGCCUGGAUGCUCAGCCCACGUGAAGUCAGAGGCCAAGCCAGUCUCUCCCCCUGCCACUUCCCCCGAGUGCUCCCGAUUUCAGUCCCCUCAGCUGUGUGAGCUUCUGCCCCGGGAACAAGCCGAACAGUGUGUUCCCACCUGCUUCAGUCCCCCAAGCCCCGAGGACAGUGAGUUGUUUACCCCCAGGGAGGCUUGUGGGCCAAAGUAGAGCCCGGGAUCAGCCCUUCUCUGUGUCCUCCAGAGACGAGGGCUUAUGCCGCUGCCCAUCAGAGUCACCCCCAACAGUGUCUGGGGCUGACGUGGGGGAGGAGAAGGGGUCUUGUCAGGAUCGUAGUCCCUGUCAACAGGUACCCAUGCCAACCUCCAUCCCCACUGAGUCCUUACCAGGGGGAAGAUAGGCAGCGCUCUUCAGGACUCCCUGCAGCCCCCUCCUUGUUCUCCUCACACACCCUGCUUCCUCCGGACACUCUUCUGGGCAGGAAGUGUUGAGGGGGCUGCCAGCCCCUUGGGGCAGCGGACCCUGAGACCCUCAGUGGAAAAGCUCAGGAGGCAGGUUGACUCUUCAGCAAAAUUUAGGGGCCCACAGCUGACAGCAUCCAAAAACUGUCUAUGCUCCCCUGUGGGGGACAAGACAGAGCAGAAGGGGCCCAAACUGGGUUGAGUCCAGUCUUCCCUGCCACUGCGGUCCAUAGGACUCCCUGGGACCAGCCAGGCCGAAGGGAAGGGCAGCCCUGUGUGUUUGUGGCCCUUUCCCCAGCCACACCUCCACGCAGACCUCCCUUCUGGCUUCUGAGCCACCCACCUGCCCCAGGGGUGUGCCUUGAGGGCAGGGGUCCUGCCUUUGCAGCCUCUUUCUGGUCUUGUCUAUUUGUGGGUUUGGGGGGCUGGGAAGAAGGGUUCUGAUGUCUCUGUGUUUGGCCUGAUUUCUCUGGGUGCUGAGCUCCCCGGAGGAUGCUUAGCUGGGUGGGCCCUGUUGUGAGGCCCAUGUGUCAUAGUGGGGCAUGCAAGGAAAGAUGUCCAACAUCAGGAGACCCCCACAUGGAAGGUGAGAAGGCUCCAUGUCCAUCCAGAUGUCCAAGGGUGGAAGUCCGGUUUGCGGGCUGUGUGCCAGGUGCUAGCUGCGGCCUGGUCAGGCAGGACGGGAGCAGGUGCCAGGGCUGUGGGAGCUGGGCCGCCUUCCCUGCCGAUCCAGCAUCCUGAUGAUGAGCCCAUGGGAAUGUGCUUCCCUCCCCAGGCCUCCACAUCUCAGCCAACCCUGAGCUGGUUCAUAACCAAACAUCCUUCCAGACUCCCACCCCCCAACUGGAUUCUGGGUUUUUUGCAUUUCCAAAGAAGGCAUCCCCACUCCUGGGUGCAGGCUGGGUGUGGUGAGGCCUGGUAGUGUUGGGGGGCCCUCCACCUCCCACCCGGUCCUGACAAAGCAGCAGCAGCACCCAUCACCCUCCCUGGCUUCUGAUGGAGCCGUAGUUAAGAGGCCACAGAGGCUCUCAGUGUAGGGGUAGGGUGUGGGGGCUGCAAGGUCAAGGGUACCCAGUGCCCCUGGUCUUGGCCCAUCACUCCACCACUCCUGCAGGUGGCGCUUCAAGUAAGGGAGCUUUAGCCACCUGAGCCUGUCCCCUUGGCUUGCAGAGCUGCGGAGGGGACUGUGUGCUUCCCUCACUGCUGGAGGCCUGCCUGGGUGUUGAGUGGGCAGCUGGGUCUGUUGGUGCCCCACCUCCUGGGAGUCUCACAGUGUGUGACUGGGGGUUCCUGGGACAUUCCCCCAUCAGGCCCUGCCCAGCCGGGGUUGACUCUCUCUCUGUCCUUGGCUUCUCUUGACCUUUGGCCUCUAGGGUUCCUGGUUGGGUGGGGCUCAGGCACCUCUCAUCACCCUCCCUGUGCCACAGGCAGCUGGCCCCAGACACAUUCUCUCCGAAGUGACCACUCCCCAGGAGGGAGGUGGGGUGACCUGCACCCCCAGGCCUGGGCACUGGAGUACUCUCAGAGGUAUGGAGGCUGGGGUGGGUGGGGGGGUAAUGGGAAAAAAGACCCUUGUGACCCAGGCCUCAGUUUCCCUCCUGUCACUGGCUCAGACCCAUGGGUCUUGGGGCCUCAAGCUCUUCCUGGCAGGGUGGGAGGUAGGGGCUGGAUGUGAGAGUGAUGCUGGCUCCAGGCAGUUCGCUCCGCCUUCUGCCCUCUUGGCCAGCCCUCCACACCCUGUCGCAGGAUGCCAGGAACACAUGGUUCCUGCAGGGGAGUGGUGUUGCUCCGUCUCACAGGGUUCUGGAGCUUGGGGGCAGUCCAUGCCCAACCCAGCCUAGCCCAUCACUUCUGACCUCUUGCCCACUCGGGACAGGUGGACACAGCCGUGGCCUUUGCCACCAGGCCCUGAGAGGAGGGCUUUGGCAGCCAAGGUCCACUGGCCCCGCUGUGCCCCACUGUAGGAAACUGCCCCUCAGGGGGCCGGGCGGGCCCACUGAUAUAUGCAAACCGCCGGUCCGAGCCCUGCUCCGCCUGUGUUCCUCUGUCCCCAGGCUGGCUCUGCCUCCCCCAGCAUGUACACUCUGCUGUGGAUGUCCCGUGGGCCGUGGGUUGGGUGCCCACGGUGGGUGGGGGCGGGCGGCUCAGGGCGCACUCGGCCAGCCCCUGCCCAUCCUCUGUGGCGUGGACGCUUUUGUCUUUGUACCUUUGCAUCCUUUGUAAUGAAACAUAAUAAAAAUCCAAUGUUUUCGUC